GAAAACGCAAACGGUUUACAUCAUUGUUCCAGAAAGAUCCAGCCCUGUCUUGGUGGGUGUCGCUGGUCACGAUAUAAGCAGACAGGCAGGACGGACUACAGGUUGAAUUCGAGGUGCCGUUUCGAGACAACAUGGACAUCGCCAUCCAGCAUCCUUGGUUCCGCCGCUCCUUCUGGCCAUCCUUCUUCCCCAGCCGGAUCUUCGACCAGCAUUUUGGGGAGCACAUUUCGGAGGGCGAUGUUGUUGCACCUUACCCUUCAAUGUACUUCCCACGCCCUUCCUUCUUUCGUUUGCCCAGCUGGGUGGACAGUGGGCUCUCUGAGAUGAAAAUGGAAAAGGACCGCUUUACCAUCAAUUUGGACAUCAAGCACUUCGCUCCUGAGGAAGUGACAGUGAAGAUCAGCGGAGAUUACAUUAAAGUUCAUGCCAAACACGAGGAUCGGCAGGAUGACCACGGGUUCGUCUCACGCGAGUUUGUCCGAAAAUACCGUGUCCCCACUGGAGUGGACCCGGCCAGCAUCACAUCAUCCCUCUCCUCCGAUGGUGUCCUGACUGUCACGGCACCUCGCAAGCUCACUGAUGUCCCCGAGCGCUCUAUUGCCAUCACUCGCGAAGACAAGAACGCAGUGUCUGGCCCACAGAAGAAGUAAAGCAGCGACAUGAUAUCAUGAGUCUGUCAUCCCAAUGUUUCCCCUGCUGAACCACUGCGCUCCCCUGCACUUACACUCCACUCUUGGGUCUAAUCGGGUGUCAGAGAGUCAGAGUUGAGAUUGACCUGUUCACCCUAUGGCUAGAAAAAUGUUUGGUUCUUUCUUUUUCCAUGCAGAAGUUAAAACCAAUUAAACCUGGAGUUUUGUUUUUGCACCCUGCGGAUGCUAGUCAUAGAAGACAAUUCACCGAACAAAAGGGCUCUUUGUCAGUGUUAGCCGGUCAAACCUGAACAAUGGAUGCACAGAGUUUGUGUGGGUUUUGGUGUGUAGGAAGCCUGGGCUUUUGAGUAUUUGUUGUGAUGAAAGCUAAAGAGAAGAGCAUGAUCGAAUUUUAUCUCUUGAUCGCUUAUCUCAAAGAAGUGCAUGGAAUUCUUGUGUUUUCCGAUAUUCAGAACGGGUGGUGAGGUUCUAUGGUAUGAGAAAAAAAGCGUCUUCAAUCAUUCAACAUUUUCCUUCUGUGGACAUGGGAGCAGACAUUACAAAGCGAUCAGGCACGAUCAGGCAGUGAAGAAAGAAAUGCUGUUGACGUUGGUUUUUUUUUUUUGUUUCUUAACCUAUGGUACUCCAGAGAGGUAACUGCUCUUGUAUGACCUGUGGUGACUGGAAACUCAUUCAACAUCAUUGAGCAGCGAUUGUGGCUUUGAAAACAUGAUAGCGAAGAAGAGAGCUGACAAAUAUGCCUAAGGAAUGUGUCUGUUGACUUCCUUCUGAAUGCGUGUAGGUGUGUAUGUAUAAAUGGCGGAUGGCGCAUGAUGGUAUGCGAGUAUUCCGUAUGUAUAUAUAAAAAAGUUGAAGGGGAACACAGGGGAGAAGGUUGAAGGGGAACACAGACAAAGCUGCUAAUCUAACAGAUUUGUUCAUUUCAUCACCUCACUUGCUUUAAAAAGAACCGGGUUUUCGUACAGCUAAUCUUCUCACAGGCUCCCUGUGUUCACCGCUUUAUAAUAAAUCCCAAGAGGAACAAAUGCAGGGGAGCCCACAGGUCAGCGUUUGAGUCGAAGUGCCCUUUUUACACUGUCCUGGGCCCAGCAUUACCUUUCUCAAGCUAGUAACAAGAGAAAAUGACUAAUCUGGUCUCAGGUCAGUGAAAAGGAUCAUGCAGUUCUGCUAGUUCCCUGCUUUAACAUUCCUGACACCACACACAAUGGAAAACCCAAAAUGGAGCCGUGACGGUUUCUGUGUUAUGGUUACUCAUUGGCUAUGAGCUAUUAAUAAAUCCUGUGGUCAUUUAAACAUUAAA